AUGACGAAGAAGUUGACCCCACAAGAGAAACAAAACCGCAAGCCGGCAAUAAGGGCAUGCACGUUUUGUCAUCAAAAGCAUUUACAGUGCUCAAAUGAGCGACCUUGUAAGAAUUGUAUCAAACGGAAUAUAGCGUCAGAGUGUCACGAUAUAGUCCGAAAAAGGGUAAAGUACUUGACAGGAUCGUCCAAAUCAUCAACAAGGAAAUCACUCGCGUCCUCGGGGCCGUCAACCCAGAAUAGCUCCAUCAAUGCUUCACCGGUGUCACUAUUGGAUAGCAGCCCAAAGUCGCAACAACAUCGCCCUACCAUAAGUGAGGGCCACCAUCCUGUUAUACAGGCACCACCACUUCAGUCGCUGAACGUAAAACAGCAGCUGUUAAAUGUACCGAUACAGGAUUCCAGUGCUAUUCAAAUCAAAGAGAUUCUCGAUGCGCCUCCAUUUGAGGUUCAUGGAAGUGGUACAGAUUUCAAUAGUGAGCCACAGGACCUAAAUGGACCAAAUCAGUUAGAUACGGACCCUUUAUUUCACACAAACACCAUGCUAAAUACUACCACCGACGUCAUAAACAAGCUUCUCACCGAUCAUUAUGAAUUCGAUGUGUUAAAUCAGGCAUCUAUGCAGCCAAUCACAGGAAUAUCUGAUACCUCCCAGUCUGUGGAUUUGAGUCACAAGAAUGGUCAAUUCAGUUCAAAUUAUUUAAAUGAGGAAUAUCUCAUGCUUGGUGACAUUCUCUUGAAUUCAAAACCAACAUCCCCUUCCCCAUCCAAUACGAGUGCAUCCGACUAUACCAAUGGACCCACACCGGCGUUUAUACAAAACAUCGACAUGGAUAACAUCCACGAAUCGAAGAAACGGGUGGUACAGAAGUUGCGAGAUUCGCGUCCAUUCAUUUCUCUAGGAUAUCCUACAGAUUCAACAAUGAGUUUGGACAACUUGAACAAUAUGGCACAUCAAACUGAUAAUCUUCUAGACAACAACGUGAGCUCUAGAGGCAACACCAGCAAGCAAACACACGAUGUCAAUUUGAACCCAAUUGUCAACUUCAAAACAAGACAUCGAUCCGAUUAUGUGUCUCCACUAGCCACUCACAAAAUAUACAAGACGGUGUCGGAUAUUUACAGCAAGGACGUUAUCAAUUUUGAGUAUCCUAAUUCCUACCAUGCGCUUACCAAUUUUCUUAAGGCGAGGUUCCUGGGCAAGGGGCUAGACCUUGAAGAGAAGCAGCGUAAAAGACAGAACUUGCUUAUAAUUUUAAAAUUGAUUGCAAGCUACAGACCCACGUUCAUUAGUGCUCACAAGUCGUUGUUGAAACCACAAGACCUACUUCUUUUAGAGAUGAGCUUCCAAAGAUGUUUGAUAGAUUAUGAGAAAUUGAGCCAACUAAACUCUUCUCCGACUAUUAUAUGGCGGCGGACUGGGGAAAUUGUGAGCAUAACCGAUGAUCUACUAAGCUUGUUAGGCUACAAGUUACUGGAUAUUCUAUCCAAACGUACAUUCAUCAUGGAGAUGAUGUAUGACGACGAGUCAGUUGUAAAAUACUUUCAGCUAUUCAAAUCGGUAGCAGUGGGGAACUUGCAUUCAAGUAUUAGUACAAAGAUAAAACUCACCAAAAAGGAGCCCCUUGUCGCUAAUGUUGACAUUGAUUCGCAAAUGCAAAACAACGUUGGUACCAGCAAUUAUAUUGAAUUCUGUUCAGUUUGGACAGUCAAGAGGGAUUUGUUUGACAUCCCCAUGCUAAUUAUUGGUCAGUUUUUGCCAAUUCUACCGGCUGGGGACGGCGUGCGAAUGUACUGA